GUAGUUUACUUAAUGGUGUAUUUGGAAUGACAAUGACUAUAGUUGUGGACAGUGUGACGGGAUUCCCGAGGAGAAAUUCGAGUGUGAACUUUGAUUAUAUUCUUAAGAAAUCUGUGGAGGUACUAUUCAAAUGCUCGCUUGAUGUGCUGGCUUCGUGGAGAGACGGCAUCGCUAGGGACAUGGGCAGCGCAGCAUCAGCUCAAGAUGAAGAACAAUCAGCUUCAGGCCGCGAAAAGGCCUCCCACGGCGAGGGUCUGGGCAAGAUGUACAUGGCAGAGAUGAAGGAGUUCAGAGAUACCUUCUGCUGCAGGAAUGUACUCAAAACACUGUUCAUCGUUAUCGGAUUAUUGACAAUUAUCCAAUCCGUAGUUGUGAUAGCGGUGACCAUAGCAUCAGCGAUCGCGACCAAGAUCUUCAACAAGGAGCAGUCGGGGCGCCUGGUGGCCAUGAUAGUCCUGGCUGUGACGGCCGCUGUCAGCAUCUCUGUCAUCAUCUACGGUGUUAUUGGUAUCUUCAGGAAGAGGAAGAAACCUGUGCAUGCGACCGCAGCCGUUAUGCUGAUAAUGAUAAUCAUACAAGCUGUGAUCCUGGGUCUGGCUAUUCGGGUGACGGACGAGGAUGAAGUGGUGCUCAACCGGUCCCUUGUCGAGUCCUUCCGGUUGGCUCAGGAAGAUAAUCCGAGACACGUGAAGAUAUGGGCAGCCACGCAGAGCGAUCUACAAUGUUGUGGAGUAUACGGCCCUGAGGAUUACCGACAAUCCAACGUUCCAAAUUUUUUCUCCCCGGAUGUGCCGAUCUCCUGCUGCCCAGGAUACGAUUCGACGAGAUCUGAACUGGUGCAGGAGAGGGAGAGAGAGUCGUGCAAGGCGAGACAUGAGUACAGCGCAGUGGGCUGUAGGGGGGCUCUUCUUGAAAUGUUCCAAUUCACAGCAGUCUUGGUGCUAAGUAAUACGGUAUUUCUGAUAAUAUGUGAGCUUUGCCUAGGGAUAGUGAGCGCUAUUAUUUCGAAAGAAGAGCGUAAAGAAGAAGUAAUAGAGGAGCCUCCUGCACUAGUGGUGCCAACACCUAUGCCACGAGCUUCGUUGAAUCUAUUCCAAACAAAAAGCAAACCUUAAAUAACUUCUGGUUCUCCGAAUCAACUUAAAAAAAACACACUAUUACCGAUAGAUGGCAGUAUUACACAAAUUAAGAAUUCAACGGAUGGCUAUAUUAAAAGUUCCAUUAAGUAGCCACAGAUGGCGUUAAACCUGUUACUUUAAAAUAUAAAUUAAUCUAAUAUGAAUUCUGAAUCUGUCGAAAAGGGUUUAUGAUAUUUUAUAGUAGGAGAACAAUCAAAUCCAAGGAUCUCACAAUAAUGGACAAUGUACUGAAUACUGAUUGAACUGUUUAUAAUUCUCAUUAUUUAUUUAUUAUAUUAUGUAUGUUGUAGGAAUUGCUAGAGAUAAGCAUGGAAGUAAAUCCUAUUGAGACAUUAAA